AUGGGAGAGGGCCACUCUACCAGAACACUGUAUAUAAGGAACUUGAACAGAAAGCUCCCCAUAAGAGAGGUAAAGAGAAGGUUGGGUUUACUUAUCACAAGGUUUGCAAAGAUACUGAAGAUAAAGAUGAGCAAUAAGCCCAAGCUUUUAGGACAAGCAUUUGUUCAUCUGGACGAAGAAAUAACCAAUGAGAUUCUGGGCAAUCUGGACGGAAGAUUUUUUCUUGGGAAUGUGAUUUCUGCAUGUCCAGCGCAUGAGGAUAUGUGCAUUGGGAAAAGAAGGCCCAUUGUGUCCACUAGGACCUUGUUAAUUACAGAUAUACCUUCUCCUGUAACCAAAGGCGACAUAGAAGAUAUUUUCAGAGGCUUUGGAGGCUUGGAGGGCAUAAGAUUCAUCGGGGUAAAGAGCCUUGCCUUCAUAGACUUUUCCACACCAGAAGAUGCAUCUACUGCGUAUUCAUACUUUGCCGACGGGUGGGUAAGGCACAUCCAUGGAAAUAUGAAAAUAGCGCCCUCUGCAUAG